UUUGCGUCACGGAAGUCGCAAAGUCGCAUAGACACUAGCGCCAGUUGAACCUUUAGCCGCUUUAGCGCUCGCAUGCGCGUGCUUUCUUUCAACUUUGUUGGCCGCUUAAAUUUUUUUUUUCCUUUUUUUCUUUUUUGUUUUUGGCUUGUGUCUGUCAGUCAGGAUUUUCUGCCUUGCCAUUAGCACAAUUAGCAGCCGAGUUGGCCGAGUCGAGCCAGGCUGAUUUAACAAGCGAGCUCAGUUAAUCGAGUCGCACGAGACACGAGACUGAGUCGAAGGGUGGAAGCACAAGCUGCAAGUGGCUGGAAGUGGUAACUCGUAACUGCUCGUAACUGCUCGUAACUGCGCAAUGUUUUCGUCUCACUUCGUCUUGCGAGCUUUCUCUGCCUCCUCGGCUGCCAAUGCUGCGAUCAAGCACGUCGCUGUUAUUGGAGGAGGCUCAAUGGGAGCUGGCAUCGCACAGGUGGCUGCACAAGCCGGCCACCAGGUGGUGCUCGUAGAUGUGUCGCAAGACCUCUUGGAGAAGUCCAAGGGCCGCAUUGAGGAGAGCCUCAAGCGGGUCUCGAAGAAGAAGUUUGCCGACGACAAGAAGGCUGGCGAAGAAUUUGUGCGAAAGGCAGUGUCGGGAAUUUCGUUGAGCAUCAGCCCCGUGGAGGCUGUGAAAAACGUGGAUCUGGUUGUCGAGGCCAUCGUCGAAAACCUGGAUGCGAAGAAAAAGCUGUUUGCUUCCUUGGACAAAGCGGCAGGGCCCUCUACCAUAUUUGCGAGCAACACCUCUUCUUUGCCGAUAUCGGAAAUUGCAAGCAGUACCUCGAGGAAAGACCGCUUUGGGGGACUGCACUUCUUCAAUCCUGUUCCAGUGAUGAAACUUUUAGAGGUGGUGAGAACGCCUGAAACAAGUGACGACACCAUUGCCAAGAUGCAGGAGUGGGGAGCUGCCCUGGGGAAAACCACAGUCUCCUGCCAGGACACCCCAGGUUUCAUUGUCAACAGGUUGCUGGUUCCAACCAUGAUGGAAGCUAUUAGGAUGCUUGAAAGAGGCGACGCAACUGCUCGUGACAUCGACACCAGCAUGAAACUCGGUGCAGGACAUCCCAUGGGGCCCUUCGAGUUGGCAGAUUACGUGGGCCUUGAUGUCACCAAGUUUAUUAUCGAUGGAUGGCACAAGCGCUUCCCAGACAAUCCUCUUUUCAACACGUCUCCACUGCUGGACCGACUUGUUCAAGAGGGUAAACUGGGCGUCAAGACUGGCGAGGGGUUUUAUAAGCACAGCAAAAAAUAAGCAGAAGAAUUAGCAUGUGUUACAUUAUUGGUAAGAAUACAGUUUUAGGCAUGUACACCUUGUUACCUCAGAUCACAGAAAUAUAUUUUUGCAAUGACUCCUGC